AGAGCUGAAGACGCUCCGCCGCGCACUAGUUGUAUAUUACAUUAUUAUUGUUUCGCUCCGACCGACAGCAGCGCACGGACUUGGCGGUACGGACGAAACGUCAUAAUAUUAUAAUUUCGUAGUCUCGUCAAUUGCCAAUAAAUAAUCAUAAAUAUUAUAUUUUUGCUAAGCAUUAUUCGUUUUACAUUCAAUUCGUUCUCGUGAGUUAUAAACAGAUCGGUGCGGAUUAGUCGAAGUCACCAGUAAAAUAUACUCACAAUCGUUACAAUAUUUUGUUAAUAUACAGUUUACUGGACGCGAAACGUUUUUUUCCCCCACUCGUGGAUGGUGGUGGAAGUCAAAAUCGAAAUUGCCAAGUCAGACCAAAUCGGUAAGGGUUCCAACAACAACUGCAAGAUGAAGAACAAAUACAACAACAACGUCGUCGACAUACUCGACUUGGCCGUACCGCAAUCCAAGGUGAGACCGAUCGACCGACUGUUGGACAGAUACGACUGGUCGUCCGCGUCGAUGACGCCACUGCUGCGGGACGCCGAUCUUUUGCAGCCGAUUCAGUACGGCCAACCGCCUUGCUGUCGUCCGGCAGAUCGACCAGCGCGGACACCACCGCGUCGACCGCCGCCGCCGAGUCAACAGCCGCCGACGCCGCCGACGCCGCCAACUCGACCGCCGAGGCGUCGCGUAGUCUUGGAUUAUUCGGCCAGCGAGCGACCCGUCCGGAAAUCUCUAUGGAAACGCGCAAGGGAGUUCGUGAGCAGUUGCUUCGUAAGCGCCGCCGCCGCUGGGCCGAGGGUAGUUAGCUUCUGUAAAUCGCCUCUAAUAUAAGAUAUUAAUAUCGGUAAGAUCGUGUCCAGAUAUUAUUAUAUUGUUAAAACAGUCUUCCUAAACAAAACCGUUUCUAUUAUGUCCGUUGUUCAAAAUCAAAUCAAAUAUAUAUAUAUAUAUAUUAUAUUUUUUCGUUUGUAAGUAUGCGGUGGGGUUAUCUGCAGCCGUCGGGGUACAGCGAGUAAAUAAUGAUGGCAACAGGCGCGUACAACUUAAAAAAUAAAUUUAUGUUUAUAAUUUUUGUUUUAUUCAAUAACGAUAGGUUACUCGUGUACAUACUGCGAAUUUCAUUUUCAAACAUAAGGUUUGUGUAUAAAUUGAUUAAAAAAAAAAAAAAAUACGUUUAUUGAUACAUUAAUUAUUUUAACAUUAAAAUCUAAUCUAUAUUACAUAUUGAUUUUUGACCGGUGCGAUUGAACAUCUGCAACACGGUCCACCGAUAAGUCUCGUCGAACGCGCCGAAGUGAAAAUCUCAUCGGACCUAUAUAAUAAUAUAGACGUUCUGUUAGACGACACGCCAGUGUGCAUACAAUAUACGUUAACUGAUUCAAUCGAAUCUCACGGUUGUCCGGUAUACGCGCUGUGUAUUCAAUCCGCGUACCUACCUAUAUAAUACAUCAUACAGAGUGUGUUACAGGCUUACAGCGUUCUCUCCGUAUAACCCAAUCAUAGUCAAUAUUAUAUUGUUAUGGAGUUAAUAAAAAAAUCCGCCAAGGCCACCGCUCUGUAUGUUUUGACUCGGCGUGUGUAUACGACUAUUAUAGUCGAGCUGGCCUCUGACCUAUACCGCCGUAUGCUACCGUAAUUCCGUUCGUAAGAUACUCCGCCGCUGCUUCAAUCCGUACCUAUCAUAUUGCCAUUAUACCUAUAAACUGUAAGGUACCUUAUUGAUUUUUAUUCGAUGUUUAUUCCAAUCAUGCGAUCACUUUUUUUUUAUUUUCAAACAUUGUAAAUUAAAAUUUUACAUAGCAAUAAUAUUAUCUUUCGAACGAUUCCAAGUAUUUAUCGUAUUCAAAGCUUUGCGUGUAAUUAAAAUAUAUAUUAUUUAAUAACAAUGCAUGAUGGGAAUUAUUCACUGUUUUAUAAAAAUUAUAUGUAUAUGUACAAUUAAUAUUAACAAAACGUUUUAUAAAUGAUAUUAUUAAAACUACAAUAUUGUGUAUUAUUAUUAUUAUUAUAUUAUGAAUUUUUACUUUUAGUUUUAUGCAUUUAAUUAUUACAUUUAUU